GAAAUUCUCUAUUGUGUGUCUGUGCUGCCCCAGUGUGCGUGUCGGUGGGCCGCUAUAGUCGCUAUAGUACAAAAUUUAGUGAGCAAGCGCCGAACCAAGUGAAAGUGACGCUGAAAACAAAAAAAGAAACCAAAACACACAGUAACAAGUGAAAGCCUUUAAUAUAGUUAACAGACAAUAAGCAAACAUGUCGGACAAUGAGGAUAUUGUUGCUGCCUCCGCGGAGCAGGCCAAUACCAAUGCCAGUCCCGAUUCGGUGCCAGAUGCCAAUGCGGAGAGCAAAAGCAGCGUUGUUACGGAACGCACCGAGGAGAUAAUACCCGGCGAGAGCGAGAAAAUGGUCACCGAAACCAUCGAUGAAGAUGGCGAUGUUGUUGAGGAGACAACCGAAGUCACCCGCAAGACCGUUAAGCGUACCAUGAAAAUAACCGAGACUUCGUCCACCACAAAGACAACAACACUCACCACGCCGGCCAAGCUGUACGGCAAGGAUUUGAGCGAAUACGAUGAUGUGGACGUGGAGAGCUUGUUGGCGCAGUUGUCACCCGAGGAGAUAACCAUACUGGCCAAAGAAGUUGAUCCCGAUGACAACUUCCUGCCGCCAGAUCAGCGCUGCAGCUACGAGUGCACCAAGGAUGCCACCGGGCCGCUGAAUCGCAAACAGCUCAUCGAGCAUAUUAACAAGCAGGCAAUUGAGACGCCCGAUCAGCCGGAGUUCGAGCCCUAUGUGCAGGGCAAGGUGCGCGGUAAGAAAUGGGUGCCACCGCCGCGUGAUGCCCGUGAUAUUGAGGCAGAGGAACAGAUCGCAAUUGACAUGGGCGAGGAGUAUGAGCAUGCGCUCAAUGAUGCCACGCAGGAGGAGAUUAUUGAUUUGGCUGCCAUUCUUGGCUUCCACUCGAUGAUGAAUCAGGAUCAGUACCAUGCCUCGCUGCUGAACAAGGGACAGCCGGUUGGCUUGGGCUGGGAUGGCAUCACAAAGUCCACACAGCAAAAGCUGUUCCCCAUGGAUCCGCCCAACAGCACAGAUGUUGAGGAGUCGAUUAAGCGCGUCAAGGAUGAUGAUUCCAAGCUGAUUGACCUGAACUUGAAUAACAUUAAGAAUAUAUCGGAUGAGAAGCUCGAACAACUCUUUGCCGCACUGCCUCAGAAUGAACAUUUGGAAGUUCUAUCGCUGACAAACGUCGGCCUGACCGAUAAGACAGCUCUCCUGCUCGCCGAAGCGAUCGAGAAAAGCAAAACCCUGAGAGUAUUAAAUGUUGAAACCAACUUUAUCAGUCCGCCCGUAAUUGUUAGGCUCGUGCAAGCCCUGCUCAAAUGUCGCACCAUCGAGGAGUUCAGGGCCUCCAAUCAACGAUCUGCGGUGCUUGGCAACAAGAUUGAAAUGGAGAUCACCAACUUGGUGGAGAAGAACUCGUCGCUUCUGCGACUUGGCUUGCAUCUGGAGUUCAACGAUGCGCGUCAUCGCGUGGCCGCCCAUCUGCAGCGCAACAUCGACAGAAUCGGUCGCCAGCGUCGCAUGGGUCAUCUGACCAGGAACUAUACCAUUGGUGCUUGGCCGUAGGCACCGGAACCUUUUGGCAUCGCCGGGCAAAUGCCCAUCAUAUACUUGAUAUACGUGCUUAUAUGAACUACAUAUAGCUAAUAUAUAUAUCAUACUUGUUGUUGUUGUUUUACAAAAGUUGUGCCACUUGCUGGUCGCUCAAUUCUUUUGUUUCAAUGUUUGUUGCGUUCUAUAUAAUUUAAUUAUAAUUAUUAUUAUUUUUAUUUUUUGGCCAGAUAUGGGCCUUGUGUUCGUUUAUCUGCAUAUAUACCUAAUCAUUUGUUUGUUAUUUGAGUAAUGCGAUUGUUUGUUGUCAAACACACACAUACACACACACAUAUAUAUAUGUACAUCUACACACACAAACAACUUGAAAUUAAUUUUAUCUAGAAAUUGACAUUGUUAAAAUUUACAAUUACCAAAUCGAAUUAUCGCGUUGUCACCUUAACAAAAAAUAUUUUCCUUAAGCAAUUGUCAAUUUUGAAUUUGGAUUUGUCAAAUUUUACGCUGCCGCUUCACACGCGCACUUUUUGCAAAAAUUGUAAUUUUAAAACUACUUUUUGUUGUUGUUUUUAUAUUCGGUUAAAUUCAAAUUUUAAUUUGUUUAACUACGUUUAGUUUUAAAAGAAGAGAGUGCACAUGGAAAGUGCUUGAGCUUAUAUUUACAUGCAUACACAUACAUAUAUAAUACUUAUAUAUACAUAUAUAUAAAUAAAUAUAUAUAUAUUCAUAUUCACAUAUGAUACAUAUACAUAUAGCCAUGGUCUCUGAAACAAUUUACUGCUAUUGAAUUAUAAAAUUGCUUAAACAUAAUAUUACAACCUAUGUUUAACUACGCAUAUAAACAAAUGGAUACAAUUGUAUAUUGUAAUGAUAUAUCAUGCUUUAUAUGAUCUAAUGCGAUGCUUUUAAAAUACAAUUUUUAAAAAUCAUGUAAAAAUUUUAAA